AUGGCUGCUCCUACACAACUAGCUUUUCGCACUGUCAAGGGAAUUGGUAUCUUGGAUGCUUCCCCCGUGUACGAGCCGUUGGCGGGUUUUGAGAGACCGGAGGGGAACAUUCGCUGCAGCGCUUAUUCUCCUUGCGGCCGAUAUUUCGCGUGGGCGUCACCUGAAAAGGUCACCAUCAUCGAUCCCUCGGUCGGACAUGCCGUUUCUACCAUUCCCGCUGAGAACGUCUUUGAUCUAGCCUUUUCACCGCUCGGAACAUACCUGAUUACGUGGCAACGUCCGUCCAAGGACGCCAACGGCGACGCCGUCAAGAACCUGAAGGUUUGGCAGGUGGUGGAGUCGGGCAAUGGAGAGGAGGAUCGCAUUGUGGGCCAAUACGUUCAAAAGUCGCAGACUGGCUGGAACCUUCAGUACACACCCGACGAGAAGCUUUGUGCUCGUGUUGUCACCAACGAGGUGCAAUUCUACCAGAGCGAUAACCUGUCCAAGGUCUGGAAUAAGCUGCGCGUGGAGGGGGUGGCAGAUUUUGCACUCUCGCCUGGACAAAACCAAGCGGUUGCCGUCUUCAUUCCUGAACGCAAGGGACAACCCGCCGCUGUCAAAGUCUUCUUGGUGCCUCAGUUUGGAUCGCCAGUGUCUCAAAAGACCUUCUUCAAGGGCGACAAGGUCCAGCUGAAGUGGAACGCCUCCGGCACCAGUUUGAUUGUCCUCGCACAGACGGACGUGGAUAAGACGGGCAAGAGCUACUACGGAGAGACCACUCUUUACCUUUUGAGCUCUACCGGCCAGUUCGAUUCUCGAGUGCAUUUAGAUAAGGAGGGUCCGAUUCACGAUGUGACCUGGUCGCCCACUUCGAAGGAAUUCGGUGUCGUGUACGGUUCGAUCCCCGCCAAAGCGACCAUAUUCAAUAUCCGUGGUGUUUCUAAACACAGUUUCCCUCUCGGCCCUCGGAACACAAUUCUGUUCUCGCCCCACGGUCGUUUCGUUCUCGUGGCCGGCUUUGGAAACUUGGCUGGGCAAAUGGACAUUUACGACAUGGAGAAGAACUACACCAAGAUUUGCACGGUCGAGGCAGCAAACUCGAGUGUCUGCGCAUGGUCACCGGAUGGCCAGACUAUCCUUACUGCCACCACCAGCCCCCGUUUGAGAGUGGACAACGGUCUUCGUUUGUGGCACGUCAGCGGAGCCUUGUUGUACAAUGAGGAUAUCAACGAGCUUUACGACGUAUUCUGGCGCCCGCAGUCGACGACUCAGCAUCCACUUGGCGAUCCGUUUCACCCGCUGCCUACUCCGCACUCCUCGGCAGUCGCAUACCUUAGCACCAGGAAAGCUCCAGUUAAGCCCGCUGGUGCAUAUCGCCCCCCUGGUGCUCGUGGCCAGUCGACCCCACUGGCCUUUAGACGCGAGGAUGAGGGUGGUGCGGCCCAUAUCCGCGACGGCACUGCCACUGGAGGCGCUCUGAACGGCCCCGCUAGGUCUAGAAGACGUGAGGUGCCAGGUGCUGAGCCAGCUGGGGAGUACCUACCGCCGGGAGCCGCUCCCGGAGGAGGUGUUGCCCUCCCGCCCGGCGCCGAUCAGCCCGAGAAACUGUCCAAGUCGGCAGCUAGGAACAAGAAGAAGCGCGAAGCCCGCAAGCACAAGGAGGGUCAAGGCGAAGAUGGAACAAUCGAGGCCAGCCCUGCGCGCGGGGAGAAGGGCAACGACAACGCUCGGCCCAAGUCCCGCGGCGUUGACGGCAACAACGCACGCAAGAACGGCCAGCAGCCGAAGCAAAAUGGCACAACGACGGCUAAGCCAACCAAGGACGUUGAACCCCCAGUUGCCGAUGCGGGGGUCCCCAGCGCACAAGAUAAGAAGGUCCGCGGCCUCCUGAAGAAGAUUCGCGCGAUUGAUGAGCUGAAGAUGCGACUGGCUGGUGGUGAGAAGUUGGAGGACACACAGAUGAAGAAGAUCCACACAGAGGACGCAGUUCGCAAGGAAUUGGACGGCCUUGGCUACACUGGAUAG